UUCACACACACACACACACACUUCCGUUGCGGGCGGCAGAGAAUUCCGGAAAGUGUUUCGUGCUCGCGUUCUAGUUCCAUGAAGAGAAAUGAGUAGAUAAGAGCUCAGCUAUCACGUCAUAACUCGAGCGACUAACCAGCCUCGAGCCUCGCCCUUGAAAACGCCAAUCGGUCACCGCGUCGACAUUUUACACGGUAAUUAGAAACUGCGGCGCGCAUCCCCCGCUUACACAUGCUCGUCACCAGGAUGCAGGAAGACUUUCUAAGCGGCGAGGACUGUUGGCUGCCUCUGGGGCUCUGACUCAGUCCGUCAUUAUCAUCAGUCAGUACAGGAGCUGCCUCUGGGAGGAGUGGUAACACCUCGCCACGCUCCGGCCCUCCGUUCCUCCAGUUGAUGUCACUUCCUCGCUCGCUCCCUGCCAUGCGACACGAGUGAUGGACGCUUGCUUGUGUGUGAUGGAGCACGGGAAGAGAUAACAACAUCCGAGCGAAGGAAGAUAAACUACGCAAACUUUAAUACACCAUAAGAGAACAAUAUCACUCUUUAUCGUAAGAACAAAAGAGCUUCAGAAAACAAGUAAAGUUAGUACAAGGAAUCAUCAAACCAACAAGUGACAGUUAAAAGAUGACACUAACCAAACAUUGAAGCCUGAAACAGUAAUAAAAAAAUAAAAAAAGCACGUGAGAAACUGAGCAACUAACUAAACAUUCCUUCACGUGCGCAUGAGUGAACUACCGUGCAUGUGCGAGUGUAUAGGCGCGCGUGUGUGGACCUGAGACCCUUCUCGACCUCCAGGGAAGCAAGCACCUUCAAGUAUGACGAGUGUUUGCGGUGAAAGUCCAAACAAACUCGUGGGCUUGGCAAAUAGAAAACAAAACACAAGACCAUAAGUCCUGAGUGUAGCACGCGUCAUCCCCUCCCCAGUGCUCCUCUAGUCCGGGACGCGAGACAGGAGACGCGGAGACAGUUCAGUUAUAUACCAUUUGUUUAAACACUUCUGCUCCGCACCUUCUUUACAUUCAAAAGGCUCUAGUUGAAGUGACACGAGUUUCUAAGGAUAUUUUUACGGUUUUAGUGAAAGAUUGACAAGAUUUCUGCAUCAUUAACAGAAGAAACACGACAGAAGAAACACGACUGGGAAUCCUGCUGAUCACCUCUGUGGCUUUCGGAAAUUGUCGUGGUGAACAGAACGUUACAGAAUACGGACAGUAACCGAGAGAAGCACAGGAGUAUCACGUGUCUGCACCAUGGCAUUCUGUAGCUGUCAGGAUGUUGGUGAUGCUGUGAAAAGAUGCGGGCGAAGUGGAAGGCAGGCAGGACGGUACGGGAGGCAAGGAUGGUCACAGAUGACAGCUGCUGUGGUGAUGGCGGUGAUGAUGGUGGUGGUGUUCAGCGUGUGUCCCGUGGAGUGCCGGACAAAUCGCUCCAUUUCAUAUUCCAGUCACAAUUCUCUUCUUGGCGUGGACUCCUCGUGCCCUAUGGCCUUCCAAAAGCUUGGGUCCCGCUGCUAUUUCUACGGCUACUUCCCUCUCAACUGGUACCGCGCCGCUGAAUUCUGCCACUCCUUCGGUCGCGGCGUGUCCCUCGCUACUCUGGAGACAGCUGAGGAGAACCACCACGUGAAGAAGUGGUUGACUUUGAAUGGCAACCACGACAGCGGCGUGUGGGUGGGCGGCUCUGACAAUGGGCACAACGGAAAGUGGGCGUGGUUUCCUACUGGUCAGUUGGUGAGCUACAGUAACUGGGGCCCGUCUCAGCCCAGCGGCGGGGACCAGCACUGCAUGUAUCUGGUCGGUGGUCUUCUCGGGUACCAGUGGGCCGACUUUCAUUGUGAGUUCGACAUGAAUUUUCUCUGCGAGCACGGGGUGAACAACGUACAAGUGUGGAGGAGGAAGAGGAGGAGGAGAAGAAGGAGGUCCAGUGUGGCAGAGAGGCGCGAGGACAUGCUAGACACCUUACAAAAUCCUCAGCCGAGUAACCUGUAGCUGAGCCCUUAUGUGUCUGCUGUGUCUCCUGGUGGUCGGGAUCUUGGUGGCUGGGUGGUGGUGUAGGUGUUGAUCAGCCAUGGCACGUGGACAUUCAGCGGCGAUGUGACAAGAGCGCCUCCGAGAAGAAAAUGUUAGCUUCUCUAGAAAUAAGGAUACAGACACACAGGUUCCAGGGAGGCGAGAGGUACUUCGUUUAUUUAACAGAACCCUUGCUGGUCUUGGGUUGUAGAUUUGUAUUUAGUGUUACUCAUUUCUUGACAAAUAUUCUUUUACUUUUUAUUCUGUGUCUUAUAUUGUUUUUGUUCUUAUCGUUUAUUUUUUAAUUCUUAUUUUGUUUCCAGCAGCGUCAUUUGAUUUCUAGGGUUUAUUUGUGUGUUGUUUGUGUCUGUGUUCUUCCUUUCUCUUCUUGUUCUCAUCGUUCUCUUUUAAUUCUAAUUUUGUUUCCAGGAGUGUCAUUUAAUAUUGCAGUGUUUGUUGUGUGUGUUCUCGUUAGUUUUCCCAAAUAUGAUACCCUCAAAGUCCUUUAGAACACUGGUGAACGUAGCAAAUGUUAAUGUGUGCCUUCCUUCAUUCCCGUUUCAGGAAGGGAGGGGAUACAGAACAUAACGCUCUAUUAUGUAUUGUAUUUAUCAUGUUGCAUUGUGAUUAUUAAUGUUUGUGACAAUAUUUUAUAGUUCCAUCAUAUUUUUUUACUUGCCUUUUUUUAUAUUAUAUCAUGACCUUAAUCUUUUGUGUGUGUGUGUGUGUGUGUGUGUGUGUGUGUGUGUGUGUGUGUGUGUGUGUGUGUGUGUGUGUGUGUGUGUUGGGGGGGUAUGCUUUGUCUGGGCCAGCCCGUGUGUGAUUGCUGUCCAGGUAGAGAGGUGGAUGGAUGUUUUCUCAUAUUGUCACAUAUUUAUUCCAUGUCUUUAUGUGUCUACCUUUCCCGCACAUCUAAGAAAACUGGUAUACGUACUGUAGGUGUGAUUUGUAAAUGUACUGUCCGAGUAAGGUGAAGUGUUAUUUAUAAAGGUCAUCCCUCUCAAGUCAAGUUUUCUGUUACAUACAUAAUUUAGGGAUAACUUAAGCAACAUGUAACAAAGCCUUGAAAUGGAUAUAAACCAGUA